GAGUCACACGGUUUGCUACGAAUUACAUUGCACUUGAUAGCCUUAUCGAGAAGAAAGGAGCCCUACGUCAGAUGUUUGUUAGUCCCGAGUGGCAGGAAAGUAGAUAUGCCCAGGCCGGCACUGAAGGAAGCAGGAUGGAAGACUUGGUAAGCAGGCAGUCAUUCUGGCAGCGGGCCAAUGCGAUAGUCAAGGCUAUCAAACCAUUAUAUGAAGUGCUGCGGGCCGUGGAUAGCGAGAGGUAUCCCCAGAUGGGCUUUUUGUAUCAUAUGAUGGAGAAGGCAAAGGCUCAGAUCAUGGAGGCAGAUGUAGCCCAUGCCCAGGAGUACAUCGACAUCAUUGAGCGGCGGUGGGGAGCCCAAAUGGGUAGGGAAUUGCAUCUAGCAGCAUACUAUCUGAAUCCCCGGUUUCAGUACGAGAGUGGAAUUGGUAUGGAUGAUGAACUUCUUCAUGCUCUGCGUAAUGUUAUUUAUAAGAUGGAGCCUGAUCCAGAAGUCGCCGCGUUAUGUAUAGAAGAGACCAAAUUAUUUAGAGAGGGUAGCGACAGCUUUGGACAGCGACCAGCUGUCGUGAGCAAGACAACUAUGAAUCCAGGUACAAUACAAAUCUGUAAGACAUUUUUGCAUCUGAAUUAUCUUCAACUAUGAGGCCAUCAUAUAUAUAAAAUGUAAUUAUCUUCAAUAUUUUUGCAGCUGAAUGGUGGAUUCAUUUUGGCGGAUCCGCAAAAAAUCUUAAGCGGAUAGCUAUCCGGAUUCUCUCCCAAACGGUCUCCUCGACUGGCUGUGAGCGCAACUGGUCCACCUUCGGCCUCAUCCACAGCAAACAAAGGAACCGUUUGACACAAAAGCGCCUCAACGACUUAGUUUAUGUGCACUACAAUCUACGGUUGAGGCUAAAAUGCAUUCAAGAGGAAGUGGAGCUCAAGUAUGCAGAUCCCAUCUAUAGAACUUUUACAGAUGAUGAUGAUAAUCCUAUGCUCGACUGGCUUGCGGCCCAGCAGCAGGAGCCCGAGCUUGAUGAGCCGGGAUCACCUCGACGACCAGCCAGUAUCAUAGCCAUCGAGGCUAUGGUCGAUCCACAGCAAUGGGCUGAGCGCAACAUUCCACGCACUCCUACAGCUGAUAUGACGUGGCUAGAGAGGAGCCAGUCACCGCAUGACUGGUCCGAUGCUCCCGUUCAGAGAGAUGAUCCUCUCAUGCGAGGACGAGGACGAGGACGCUCUACUACCCAGUCGACUCGACCAGGAGGGCGUCAAUCCCAACAAACAAGAAAAGAAAAGGAAAGGGCCCCAAUGGAGAGUGUCGAGGAGGAGACUUGGACCAGCAGCUAUGAAGAUUCUGGUGGUGAUGGAUCUACUAGCCAUGGAGGAAGUGGAGGACAGUAUGGUACUAGUUAUGAGACACAGCCGGAGGGAGGUUUUCGAUACACCGGUGAGUCUCAGUUUACACAUGCUACACAAGAUACGGACCACGGUAGGCCGUCUGAUAUAGGCCGGUCAGAUACCAUUGCAUAUCGAAGAAGAGCUCCUCGAGGUCGUUCAAGAGGCCAGGAUGCAGCUGCAGAUGACCUUCCAUAUGGAGUCGAAUCAUUGAUGUAUCAAGUUCCGAGUCUUCCUAGUAUCCGCGGCCUCAGCCAGCCUAUGGAUAUGGUGCAUCAGAGUCAUCUUCCGGUAGCUACUAUCCUGCGGCCUGGAGGAUCUUACGGAUCGGAUUUUAGUGCCGGCAUAUUCGGAUGGGCCCCUUAUCAAGACACCUCUCAGAGCCAGAGCUUCAGCGAGAGAUCCGAGAGUUCUUAUGAUCCAACGCGCAUUCCUCGAGGA